UAAACAAUAAUAAUUAUUAUUACCUCACACCUUCGUCCUCGUCUUCACCAACAAUGAAGACUACCACCGCCUCCGCAACCGCCACCGGCGACUGCGUUGUCUCAUACAGAUUCAGGCGAUCCAGUGACUUGCGCUUGUGUAUGACAAUCUUCGGGUUAUCUAUCACCUUUGUAAGCACAAUUUGAAAUUCAAAAAUAUCUUUUGUUUUAUGAGUUUUGUGGUCAAUUACGUAGUCCAGUCGCCAUUUCCGUGUUUGUUUACCAAAAGCAAAUUAGAUAGUGAUAUCCGUGAUCCUUGUGCAAAAUUUGGGGGUUUUAUCUACGAAGCCUGAUUUUUGACGCUCUACAGUGGUCGUUGAAAUCAAAUUAGUGAAGAGGAGCUUUGUAAUCAAAAUUAAUGUUGUUGAUGAUGGUUGUGGGGGGUGUCUAGGGUUUAUGUUUGGUUGAGAGUCUACUUGGUGCUUGGAUUGCUAUAGAAUUAGGGUUUUCUAGGAUUGUUUAUUGAUUUGGGGAGUGAAUUGGGGCUGUAUGAUGGUAGAUUGACUUUAAAAAAUGGUACGAAUUCUUGGACUGAGAGUCGGAGAAUCGGACGAGUCCCCUCGCGAGAUCACUGCUUCACGGACCCACCUCACCAGUCAGUCCUGUGAGAAUGGGUGGCUCAUCCGGUUUUUCGACUCUUCCUUUUUCUGUGAGUGGAUUGCUGUGAGCUACCUGUACAAGCAUGAGCAUGCUGGGGUACGUGACUAUCUAUGUAAUCGAAUGUAUACCCUGCCCUUGUUGGGCAUUGAGAGCUACCUUUUCCAGAUUUGUUACAUGAUGGUCCACAAGCCAAGCCCAUCCUUGGACAAAUUUGUGAUUGAUAUUUGUUCAAAGUCGCUUAAAAUAGCGUUGAAGGUGCAGUGGUUUUUGAUGGCGGAGCUUGAGGAUAAUGAUGACAAUGAGGGCAUUAGUAGGAUUCAAGAGAAGUGUCAAAUUGCUGCAACUUUGAUGGGUGAAUGGCCUCCUCUUGUACGUUCCCCCAAUGAUUCUUUCAGUCCUGGAAGUAAGAGUCAGGUUUUGAGUAGGAUAUUGUCUUCAAAACAGCGGCUUCUGUCGUUAACAUCUUCACCGCCCACACAGAAAUCAUUGUCAUUCUCACCAUCAUCUGGGAACAAUUUGCAUGAAGAUGCUAGCCCGCUAUCACCGGAAGAGAAUAAGAUCUUUAAGAAGUUUAUUCCUGGUCCAAAAGUGAGGGAUGCAUUGUUGUUUAGGAAGUCAGUAGGGAAAGACGAUGAUGAGAUUGAGAAGGAUGGGUUUUUCAAGAGGCUACUGAGGGACAGCAGAGGUGAGGAUGAGGAGCCAAGCUCGAGCACGGAGGGUUUUUUUAAGAGGCUUUUGAGGGAUAGUAGAGGUGAGGAUGAGGAGUUAACAUCAAGCUCAGAAGGGUUUUUUAAAAGGUUGUUUCGUGACAGCAAGAGUGAUUCUGAUGACAAAUCUGUCUCCAAGUCAGUAAAUGAUGAUGAGAAAGAUGGAUUUUUUAGGAAGUUAUUUAAGGAAAAAUUUGAGGAGAAGAAGGAUUGGAAUGGGAGGAAUGAGGAUGAUGAAGUGACGCUGGAAGAGAAAAUUUUGAAAUCUGCUGAGGAUGAUGAAAAAGUGGGUUUUUUUCGGAAAUUGUUCAAGGAUAAAUUUGAGGACAAGAAGGAUGGAAAUGAUAGAAAUGAGGUGAAUGGAGAGGAAGAAGAAUCUUCAGACUUUUCUUUGUUCCGGAGAUUGUUUCGCGUGCAUCCUGAAGAUGCAAAAACUCCCAAGGCAAACGAAAACAGCAACAGUGGUGGCUUUUUUGAAAGCAGUCCUGGGACAGAGAAUUUUUUUCGCAAACUGUUUAGAGAUCGUGAUCGUUCAGUUGAGGACUCAGAACUUUUUGGUUCAAAGACGCAUAAAGAGAAGCGUCCUGGUUCUCUGAAGCAACAAAAUGACAAGUCCAAUGCCAAGCCCCCACUAGCUAAUUACACCCCAUCACAAUUAAGAAAAGGGGCUUAUCAUGAGUCCUUGGACUUUGUGCAGUCAUUAUGUGAGACGUCAUAUGGAUUAGUGGAUGUGUUUCCCGUUGAAGACCGCAAGAGUGCUCUUCAUGAGUCUCUUGCAGAGAUCAAUUUGUAUCUUACUGAGGCUCAAACGAGAGGAGGAGUUUGCUUUCCUAUGGGAAAAGGCAUGUAUCGUGUCGUUCAUAUCCCUGAAGAUGAAGCUGUUCUUUUGAAUUCUAGGGAAAAGGCACCUUACAUGAUAUGCAUCGAGGUUUUGAAAAGUGAGAUGCCAAGCAAUACGAAGGACAUGCUUGGUUCUCAAAAGCUUUCAAGUGGAGGAAUUCCUCUAGCAAAUGGAGAUGCAUUAUUGCCUAAACCACCUCCAUGGGCCUAUCCUCUGUGGACUGCUCAGGAGGUUUAUCGGAAUAGCAAUGACAGGAUGUCUAGAUCUACGGCUCAAGCAAUUGGCCAGGCAAUGUCUCAUAAGGAAAAAGUAAAAUUUGUCAGUGUUAGUCUUUCUGUGGGCAACCGAUCAUCUACCAAAUCAAAGAGUAGUGUCGUAACUGAGUUGCACUUUGGCAUCAAUUCUGGAAAUUGGCGAUCUGCUUCAGUUCCUGCAGAAAUUACAUCAAACUGUUGUAAAUGCCCAGAGGGUGGAAGCCCUGCAUCAGAUGCAGUAAGUGAUUUAGAGUGGGUAAGGGUAGUACUGACAGCAGAUCCUGGAGUUAAGAUGGAUGAUGUUGAGGAUCAAGGGCCACUACGUCGGAAGGAACAUCGCCGUGUCCCUAGUACAAUUGCCAUAGAAGAAAUAAAGGCUGCUGCUGCUAAAGGUGAAGCACCUCCGGGACUCCCUCUUAAAGGAGCUGGUCAGGAUUCAUCAGAUGCUCAACCAAGGGGUAAUGGUGGUAUCCCCAAGCCCACUGAUGCUUUGUCUGGUGAGAUUUGGGAGGUUAAGAAAGAGAGGAUACGCCGAGCUUCGGUGCAUGGAAAGUUACCUGGUUGGGACUUACGCUCUGCUAUCGUGAAGAGUGGCGAUGAUUGUAGGCAGGAGCAUCUUGCUGUGCAACUUAUCUCACACUUCUAUGAUAUAUUCCAAGAAGCUGGUCUGCCUCUCUGGUUACGUCCUUAUGAAGUUUUGUGCACUUCUUCUUACACAGCUCUCAUUGAAACAAUUCCAGACACGGCUUCACUUCAUUCUAUCAAAAGUAGAUAUCCAAACAUCAGCAGUUUACGUGACUUUUUCAUUGCCAAGUAUCAAGAAAAUUCUCCGAGUUUUAAGCUUGCACAGAGAAAUUUUGUUGAGAGUAUGGCUGGAUAUUCUCUUGUGUGUUAUAUUCUGCAGGUGAAGGAUCGGCAUAAUGGGAACCUUUUAAUGGAUGAAGAAGGGCAUAUUAUACAUAUUGAUUUUGGCUUCAUGCUCUCAAAUUCUCCCGGUGGUGUAAAUUUUGAAAGUGCACCCUUCAAAUUGACACGGGAACUUCUCGAGGUCAUGGAUUCUGAUGCUGAGGGAGUUCCAAGCGAGUUCUUUGACUAUUUUAAAGUUCUCUGUAUUCAAGGGUUUCUAACAUGUCGCAAGCACGCAGAGCGCAUUAUUCUUCUUGUUGAGAUGUUGCAGGAUUCUGGUUUCCCAUGCUUUAAAGGUGGCCCGCGGACAAUUCAGAAUCUGAGAAAAAGAUUUCAUUUAAGUUUGACUGAAGAGCAAUGUGUGUCCCUGGUACUUUCCCUGAUAAGCACCAGCUUAGAUGCAUGGCGGACACGACAGUAUGAUUAUUAUCAGAGAGUUUUGAAUGGAAUAUUAUGAUGUUGGGUUUUCUUGUCAAUGGUUUUUCCCCCCCGAGAAAGCCAGCUACAGCAAAUACAUUUGAUCCUACUUGCAUGAAAAUUGCCAUGUUAUAAAAAAUGCCUGGUGCGCUACAUGGCAGCAUCAGAAGUAUUGUUGGGGUGGAAACACAGAAUCGUUGCCAGUUUGUGGCCUGUUUUCCCUGCGUGUUGAGGAAUUUGUAAUUAUAUCAGCGGAAAUACUUGAAUAGGAAUUUAGCGGGCAAAAUUCAUUCUAGCUGGGUGUCCAUUUUUUCUGUUCCCCCUUCUGUCAUGUAUUAUAGGACGACUCUGCUGACUGGUGGUGAAUUGCCUAAUCCGAGUUGCCCAAAAGGAGAUAUAGAAAAUUUCUGCAUAUGGUCGGCAACCACUGUACAGAUUGUUCCAUUUGGGACAGAAACUGGACAUGAGAAUGGCCCAUUUUACUGGUAUACUAAUACCAUGAUUGAUACUUUAACUGGUCGAAGUAAGCUUCAUGGUUUUGUACAUCUACGCUCUCGCUAUGUUCAGUUGUUGGAUGGGUUACUCUCUUUGCACAUCAACCAGAAUUGGGUUCUUCCAUGGUUCCUUCUAGUGGUGUUGUAUGGUGUGCAUGUGCUAUGUGGUCUUGAAAUUGAUCCUAAUUUUUAUUCUUAAGUGGGGAAUUUGUUCAUUUGAAAUUGCUCGUGAUGGCAUUGGACUUCAUUCA